AGCCUGCCCCAGAACCCCAACACCAACACAGAUAGAAACACCAGGGUGGCAACAUCGACAUAGCAACAACAAAGUAAGGCGCCAUGCCACAUUGGACGAACGAGCAGGCGCUAUGAGGAAUUGCACUUUGGCAAACGCAUAAACUGAUGACACGCAUUAAUCGAUUCGACCGAUCACCCGAUCGACGACGGACCCACAUAAGAACAGUCACCAGGCGGAUAGGUUUGCUGAGUUGACAUAAUGAGUUUAUAAAAGCCACUUUCAGUGUCUAGAAUAAGUUAGUCUUAAUCGUGAGUUGUAACUUAGUGUUUAAUUGAAUAAAAUUAUUUUUUUUAUCGAAUGCUAGACAGCAUUCUAAUUAUUGGCGCAGUCUUCGGAAAAGUGUGUGGAAGUAGUGAAGGACUUUGAGUGAAAAUAGUGAAACCAAAGACAUUACGAAAUUUCCAACUUUAGCAAACUUCAGUGUGAAGAACCGGAUCAUCGGCAACAGCCACAGUUGAGGGAAUAUCAUUCUGUUUGAGUGAUUCGGAAGCGACAGAAGGACCCACACGCAACAACCUACAACCCACGGGACAACCACGAGACGACUCCGGGAUGAAAAUUAUUCUCCUGUAAGUAAAACCUUCUUUUUUUAAAUCAUAAAGUGAUCGAAAAGAACCACAUUGAAAUAACCAGUGCUAGUGAUACGAGUGAAGAGGGCAUAUCUUCCAUUUCCAUCCACGGCAUUUAAUUAUUUUCAUACGCGAUCAGUCGCACAAUAAACCCAAGUGAAACGGGAAACAUAGUGUCUAGUGACAAAACAAAGAAAAAAAAACUACAAUCAUGAAUAAUGAUUACCAAGUUCAACAAGACGGGGAACUGCCAGACGUUCCAUCGCCAACACUUGAAGAGCAGCUAAUUGAUCAAAUUACCCAGCUCACAAACAAUCAAAACAUGCUGAUGCAAACGAUUGCCGAACUGAAGGCAAAAAACGACGAUCCGUUCCUAGCUUUUAGAACACCGGAUCCCGUCAAAAAUCUGCCCACAUUUGGUGGCAAUAAAAAAGAAACUAGCGCAUGGCUAGAAGAUGCAGAAAAUACUCUUGACUUAUUUAAGGAAUACAGAGGGAAACCGAUGUAUUCACAAAUAGUCAGAGCGAUAAAAAACAAGAUUAUUGGCGAGGCUAAAGGAAUCCUGAUAGCCGCCGGUAACCCCAACAGUUGGGACGAAAUUAAAUCCGUUAUUAUUAAUUCAUACGGGGAUAGGCGUGAUCUUACAACGCAUAUACAAUCCUUAUUGUUACGAAUGCUCGCAUUACGUUUCGUGCUUAGUGGACCUGGCAACCCUGAAACUAAAGUAUCGAGGAUUCGAUCGGAGCUGCCUAUUGAAGUGAGAUGCGGUGAUUCGGCAGUGUAAUUUUGUCCGUGAGUCCGAUAGGAACUACGAGGAGAGUGCACUGUGUUAGGAGAGUUGUUUGUCCCGCGAACCGAUACUAUUUUUAUCGAAGCUGCUCGAAAUAGAAGCUGCUGUUGAUAAGGUGUCAAUGUUCCGAACGCGACAUGCCUCCUAACAAACUUCGAUAAAAAUAAUCCAUCCACCACAAGCCUUCCGCCAUGGACUGUACGUUGCGAGAACUUUCCCUUCUUGAAGAGAAGAAUAAGUUAUGGCGGAAGGAACACGCAGAACGAGUGAAGCGUAUGGAACAGUAUUAUGAUCAAGAGAUUGCGAAUAUUGAAGAGGAAUUCAAAAGAGCCGUACAGAAACUUAAUUCGGAUUUCAGCGCUCAGCGGAAAGCAAUACUACGGCAAAACAGUGGGUGUGAAGUCAGCAAUGGAGCGAUGGUGGAAUCGAUUCCUUCAAGUGAUGAAACCCAGCCGAAAAAGUACUGCACGAGAGCAGUGGAUCCGAAAAAUGCCGACUCUCCCGAAACAUCUUCGCAAACAAAACUCUUGUCGAAGCCAUCUACUGUUUCACAAAGCGCUAUCAACGGCGAUCUAGAGUCUAUAUCUCAUCAAGAGCGCAGAGAGAUCACCGAAAUGCUAUCAGCUGGUUCUCCAACAGCUGUUUCGUUUGUGAGCAUACAAUCUAUGACGUCAGCUUUACACAAGCUGGGGAAGAAGCAGAUACGUUAUUCAAUUCCAAAGAAUGAAAUAAUCUACGACCGAGUCUACGACAUCAAUCCCAGAAAAACAACUAUCAACUUUGUGCAGUGCUUCGCUUACGGGGUCUGUGUAAACUACGACGACGCAGAUCAGGUAACUGACCGAGUGCCGUAUCCUAUGGGGAACGAAAAACAAUGCAUGCGCGGUAGUAAGCAAAGCAAACAUCAUCGUUUGAAACCGUUGUUGUUCGAUCCCGGUGGUUAUCGUUUGAAUGAUUUGAAUGGAGCUCAUCAAUGCAUACAAUCACCAGCACGGAAGAGGAGAAUGAUGAUCCGACUAAUAUGGGACAGGCUUUGCAGCAGAAAUUAUAAUUCCGGAGCAGUGGAUGGAGCCACUUUGUUUCACCCGUGCCUACUACAAUUGCAUAUACGGAGGUAUGGUGCUGCCAUCUGGAUGAAGUUUACUGUUUCGCAAACCUUAAUGAGUACUCACAUGGAACAUCGUAUCAACACUAUUUCACAUUCGAGGUUUGGAAGAUCAGUUUGUUACCAGCUCCACGGGGGGGAAUGUUACGAAUGCUCGCAUUACGUUUCGUGCUUAGUGGACCUGGCAACCCUGAAACUAAAGUAUCGAGGAUUCGAUCGGAGCUGCCUAUUGAAGUGAGAUGCGGUGAUUCGGCAGUGUAAUUUUGUCCGUGAGUCCGAUAGGAACUACGAGGAGAGUGCACUGUGUUAGGAGAGUUGUUUGUCCCGCGAACCGAUACUAUUUUGUAAGUUUAAUAUGUAAUGAAAUUGUAAUAAAAACUUUAGCUAAUAAUGAUAAUAAAUUGCAGUAUCGAAGCUGCUCGAAAUAGAA